ACUUGCACACGUCCGUUCUACAGGUGAAGCCCUUAAAGGGGCCACGGCACCUUCUGUGCUUCUCCUGCUCCCCCCGCCCCCUCCCCCGCGUAGCUGCUGCAGUUUUGUUUGAUGAUGGCUCCGAAUCAUGAGCUGAGGAGCUGCUAAGGAUUGCGAAGCGGCGGCUCAAACUUCCGUCGCUGCAAAAACUUGUUUGAAGUUGCUGCUCAUAGGAUGGUCAUCCCAGAACUCACAAAUUGAAAGUUGGCAGCCCCUGUGGUGUAUGAGUCCCUUAAAGGUGAUGUGGCAUGGCUGGAAAAUUCCUAGGACUAGACACACAACUGAGCUAAUUCAUGAUCGUUCUCAGAAGCUUCAUUGUCUCUUGGAAACAAUGUCCCAGCUUUACAAUAUGGCAAGGGCCCUUGGGGCUGAAGAAUGAGCUUUUCCUGCAUUAGGCUUAGUAAAAUCUGCUUCCUGCUCUCAGUUAUCAUUUGUGCAGUUCUCCUCUUGCUAAUCCCCAAAUACCAGACCAGUUGGAAAUCUAAGAGCUACCCACAGCCAAGACCACCACUUGUUGUUAAUGGUUCCAGCAAGAGCGAUACCCCACCACAGCAGGUGGAGUCUGGCUCCAUUGAUCGUUUGGAUGAUGAGACUAACAAUAUAGUACCCUUGGUGAAAGUGGAACGAGUAGAAAAAUGGAGUCCGUAUAUCAUAGACACUGGCAGAUCCAGACUGAAAACUAAUGAUAAGAUGAACAGGAGACCAAGUCAUCCAUUGUACGAUGUGAAGAAAGACCAUAUGGAACUUGAUGAAAUCACUACUAAAGAAAAGCUGGAGUUAAAGGAUCUUUUUAUUGCUGUGAAAACAACAAGGAAAUACCAUAAAACAAGGUUAAGCUUGCUCUUCCAAACAUGGAUUUCUCAAGCCAAGGGGCAGGCAUUUAUAUUCACUGACUGGGAAGAUCAGGAGCUAAGACUUAGAGCAGGGGACCGUGUAAUCAAUACCAAUUGCUCAGCUGUUCACACCCGCCAAGCUCUCUGCUGCAAGAUGUCAGUAGAAUAUGAUAAAUUCCUAGAAUCUGAGCGAAAGUGGUUUUGUCAUGUGGAUGAUGAUAACUAUGUAAACCUGAAGAAUCUUCUGCGUCUCUUAUCUGCUUUUUCACACAGUCAAGAUGUAUAUUUGGGAAGACCAAGUCUGGACCAUCCUAUUGAAGCAGUAGGCCAUGUCCAGAAUGAUGGAUCAACUUCUGCAAAGUUCUGGUUUGCCACAGGUGGUGCAGGAUUCUGUAUCAGCAGAGGCCUUGCCCUAAAGAUGAGCCCCUGGGCUAGCCUGGGGAGUUUCAUCAGCACUGCAGAGAGGAUUCGUCUCCCUGAUGACUGCACCAUUGGCUAUAUCAUCGAGGGGCUGUUGGAAGUGAAACUGCUGCACAGCCCCUUGUUCCACUCCCAUCUGGAAAACCUGCAACGGCUGCGUGGUGAGGCUGUGCUCAAACAGGUGACCUUGAGUUAUGGUGGUCCUGAGAAUAAACAUAAUGUUGUGAACGUGGGUGAAGUGUUCAGUGUACAACAAGAUCCAACUCGAUUCAAAUCUGUCCAUUGCCUCCUCUACCCUGACACUGUAUGGUGCCCCACUCCAAUGGUGAAAUGACAUCAGUCACAUGUAUCUCCUGUGUCUUUGAGCAGACAAAGCUGCAUUUGCGGGAGAAGAGCAAAAGUCGAAGCAAGUUUCCAGCCACGUCAGCCACUGUUGGAAAUGAUCUUUGGGAAACUCUCUGGCUUUGAAACAUUUUGUAACCUGUUUCUGCAAGCCUCUUUUCACCGCUUAUCCAACCUCAUAUAUGUCCUGUUAAGAUCAAACCUAAUCCCUACUGCAGCCUUCUCCAAGCUGGUACUCUCCAGAUGUGUUGAAUUACAGUCCCCAUCAUUCUGGUUGGAAAUAAUGGUUAUCAUCUAAAGUGGUGGUCCCCAAACUUUUUCAGGCUGCUGUCCCAUUUCCUCUUGGGUGACAACCCUAGUGCCCCCAUGCCUCUUUCUUUGUAUUGGAUCUCUUUAAAUUAGCUCUACUGGAAAUUUAAAACAACCACUCAGUGCCCUCCUGGAUCUUUCCACUGCCCCGGGGAGGGGCAGGGGACAUUACUGUCUGCUGUGGGAAUCACUGAUCUAGAGGAUACCAGAUUAGGGAAGGUGGUCCUACUGAGACUAUAUUGAUAAAACCUCAGGAAUGCAACAGUCUGGCACUGUAGCAAUAUGGUUGAGGGUCAAAUUUUCUGUCAGUAUAUCUGCAGCAAAGCACAAAGGCUUAGUGUGAGAGAGAAAAUUGCACAUGGGAAGAUAAGUUUUGUUUGGGAAAGCAUCACUUUCAAGAAACCAGCCUGUUUGCUCUGUCUCUCCAUGUAUAUCUUCCUAGGACCACAGUAGGUGUGCUGGAGAUUGCUUUUCCAUUAGUGCAUAGACGACCAGUGUCUACAGAAGACACAGCCCCAGAACUAUUAUGCUCCUGUGGUUUAGGCUCUUGACUUUAUGGCCUCUUAAAAACUAACUAGUUACCAGCCUUGACUUGAAUAUUCUGUGCCCUAACCACUAAGUAUUUCAGGUUAGUUAACAUGUAUGCUGGCUGGACCACCAUAUAUAUAAUCCUUGCUUUUUAUAUUGCAGCUGAUCUUCAUAUCCACAAGCAAUAGGCUGGAUAGAUAAGGAAAGAAUAUUUGUAACUUGUUUAGAGAAUGGGGAAGGUGUGUUCUUUUAAGAGCCUUUGAGUCUUCUGUUAUUGAGUGAAUAAGCUCUAUAAAGCACACUUCUGAGCCCGGAGCUGAGAAUCUCCUUCAGUUUGUCUUUGGCCAGCAUAAAUGAUACAUUACGUACAGAUGUGGUGUAAUAAUCCUUGUAAAUAUUGUAGUAAUGUUCACCAAAAGGCAGAAGGUUAUGUUUUGAAAUAAGGUGAAAGAAUAGGAAUAAUAUGUGCUGAGUCCUGAGAUGAAAUAAAUAGUAGUUGAUAUGUUGACAGCUUAGCAGUUGUUUCCCCCAUGAAAGCAACAAGGGUGAUAGUCUGAUCUUUAACAUGAAAACUUAUGCAUUAACCUUUUACGGUAAGUGUUGAAAUUUGUGUUUGGGAAAGCACUAAGUGAGCAACUCUGGUUGUGAUGGAGACAGUAUUUCCUUGAAAUAUUUAUUUGUUCCAUCCUUUCUCCAGAGGCUUUGCACCCAUCCCUUCUUCACAAAGGAGAAGGAAUUUCCUUAAAUGUUUGUUUUUGCAGCUUUUGUGCCUGACGUGCCUGCAUGCUGCAAGAACCAGAAUAACAGUUGUGGUUAUAAAUAAUAGCCUUCUGAUGUUUUCCAUCAUCACUCCUUUUGGCUCUUAUGAUGACAAUUGUAUGCAUUGCUAUCUCAAUUUUAGGCAUUCCUGUCACUUUGAUGCAUCUUUUGACAGAAUUGGCACCUAGAAGCUGAAGCAGCAAUGGAUCACAUUAUUAGCUAUGAAGCUUUUUUGAGAGUGCAAUUUGACAUUAGCUUGGUGAUCUAAAAAACUCUGGUAACUGCAGGUGUGUACAAAUCUGUUGUAAAGAGCUGGGCAGGGCAAGGUAUCAUUUUCUUGUUGUGGAAAGUAGCUUUUGUUCUGCAUCGAUCUUUGCUUUUCCCUUUAGAUCUCUUCCUCACACUGCUUGGUUGUAUACCUCCUCCUUACAAUGGUCUUUAGUUUGUCUUUGCUCAUCAUCAGUCCUACUUGUAUCCCCCUCCAAAAAAGCUAUAGAAAUAUGCCCAUUAGUUCCAUAUAGUUUUCAUUAUUAAUUCUGGAUACAGAAUUUUGUUUCCUUGGCACAUCAUUUUGCCUUCUGGACUGUACAGUCUCCCUGCUUUUGUGCCAGUGUAGAUCACUGGUGUAGGUUGAGCUGCUCAGACUCAUGUUUGGAGUGCUGCAGCCUUUGUUUCUAUGACUGAAUGCAGGAACAUUCCCUGUGAAACUGCCAUCACUUUCCAAAAAUAAGCUCCUGUAGAAAUACACAGUUUUCUUACCAUGUGUGAAAAAAGUUGAAAUGGUGAUAAGCAUGCAUACACAGCACUGCAAUACGAUUGUGUGGACCCAGCAUCUUCAGCAUGAUAUUGCUAAUGGCUUUCUAUGAACAUAGCAGCGCUAAAGUGGGGGUGAGGCCCUUCCAGUGUUGUUGGUCUGGGGCUCCCAUCAUCUUUUUCAGUGACUAUGCUGGCUAGUGCUGAUGGGAGUUGUCUACCAGCACCUGGAAUGCCACACAUUCCCUAGCCAUGUCUUACAGCUGUAGCAGAAUACAAUCAGAAGCCAUGUCUGUGACAUACAGAGAAAUCUGACUGGAUGUCACUCACGGACAGAAAAUAAUUUUGAAGUACAGGAGGAAUAAACUGACAGCACUCAAGUAUGUAAUGAGAGAGUGCUAGUUUUCCAGGCUCAGUAAGGUCAAUAAGACCAUUACUUGGUUCACGUGCACCACUUUGUCAAGGAAGUUAUGCUCGAUUUGCUUCUCUAUCAAUUUUCUUGUUAACCAAAUGACGCUUGCAUUUACUAGCUCAAUUGCUUUCACAGUUCUCUUCUAGAUGGGAACACAUAUUUGAUUUGGUUCUUUAAAAAUAUUCAUUUGCUGGC